UCCCAAAGCAUGACAUGUUUUCGUUGUAGAGUAUUGAGCCUUUUGGGAUAUAUAAAUAGUGAAGACCCGUGCCUUCACAGAACACCAUCAGCAAUCGAACUCCACGGCUUUCUUCAUUCAACAUUUAUCAUAUCUACUCAAUUCCACUCCAAGAAAUUGACGAUCACCAUGCGCUUCACUGUUGUUGUUGCUUCUCUGAUUGGCCUUGCGCCAUUCGUCGCCGGCAUUCCAGCUGAGGCUCGUCAAGAAUCUGGACUUCCUCCACCGAACCCUGUCGUUGGAAGUGUUACCGAGUUCCUUUUUGACAAAUGCUCCUGGCAUCCAAGUGGCACUCAUGUGAGCCUUCAAACCGACUUGGGUAGCUGCAGACAAUUCAACAACGAGCAAAUCCGUUCCAUCCGCUAUUACAUUGAGCCCAAGGGUUGCAAGAUUAUCUUGUUUAAGGACAAGAACUGCCAAGACCAAAGCAUCAAGUUUGAACCGAUCCGCGGCCCAGAGGGAGAGAACGACUGCAUGGCCCUUCCCAACUAUCUCUGGAACUCUUAUCAGAUCGUUGAUUGCGAGUUCGAGUAG